UUUCCACAAUCUCCUGGGCACGGACUACAGUGAGGCAGCCGUGCAGCUCGCACAGCAGGUGGCGGAGCAAGCGGGUCUCAUGCACCUGCAAUUCCAGGCUGACGAUGUGCUGGACUCGUGCCUGCCCUCAGCAUCGUGCUACAUGGUGGUGGACAAGGGCACCUUUGACGCUGUUCGAUUGCACCCACAGGGCUCCACUCGCAAGAUAAGCUAUAAGAACACGGUGGCAAGGCUGCUUGUGCCCAACGGCCUUCUGGUCAUCACUUCUUGCAACAGCACUGUGGCUGAGCUCACAGCAGAGUUUGCCCCUCCAG